UACUCUUUGUUCCUCAGCUUAAGUGACAUUAUUUGGGGUGUGCUGAAGAUAAUGUGAUUGGAGCUGAAAGGAAGGAACCCCAGAGGUAGUGCCCAUGUUUGAAGAAGUCAAUGAGACAUGAGACUCCCAUCUGCAGAGCAUGAGCUCUGAGGUGGUCUCAGGUGAGGAUCCUGGUCGUACAUGGAGGAUGACAGAAAAAUCCAAUGGUGUGAAGAGCUCCCCAGCCAAUAACCACAACCAUCAUGCACCUCCUACCAUCAAGGCCAAUGGCAAAGAUGACCGCAGGACCAGCAAUAGGCCACAGUCUGCAGCUGAUGAUGACACUUCCUCAGAACUGCAGAGGCUGGCCGAGAUGGAUGCCCCCCAGCGGGGGAGAGGUGGCUUCCGCAGGAUCGCCCACCUGGUGGGAGUCAUCAGAGAGUGGGCCAACAAGAAUUUCCGCGAGGAGGAACCCAGACCUGACUCGUUCCUUGAGCGUUUCCGUGGGCCUGAGCUCCAGACCGUGACAACACAGCAAGGGGAUGGCAAAGGCAACAAGGACGGCGGGGGCAAGGGCACCAAGAAGAAAUUUGAGCUAUUUGUCUUGGACCCAGCUGGGGACUGGUACUACCGCUGGCUAUUUGUCAUUGCCAUGCCUGUCCUCUACAACUGGUGCCUGCUUGUGGCCAGAGCCUGCUUCAGUGACCUACAGAAAGGCUACUACCUAGUGUGGCUGGUGCUGGACUACUUCUCAGAUGUGGUCUACAUUGCAGACCUCUUUAUCCGAUUGCGUACCGGUUUUCUGGAGCAGGGGCUGCUGGUCAAAGAUACCAAGAAGUUGCGGGACAGCUACAUCCACACCCUGCAGUUCAAGCUGGAUGUGGCUUCUAUCAUCCCCACGGACCUGAUCUAUUUUGCUGUGGGCAUCCACAGCCCUGAGCUGCGCUUCAAUCGGCUGCUACACUUUGCCCGCAUGUUUGAAUUCUUUGACCGCACUGAGACCCGCACCAGCUAUCCCAAUAUCUUCCGCAUCAGCAACCUAGUUCUCUACAUCUUGGUCAUCAUCCACUGGAAUGCCUGCAUCUACUACGCCAUCUCCAAGUCCAUUGGCUUUGGGGUCGACACCUGGGUUUAUCCCAACAUUACUGACCCUGAGUAUGGCUACCUGGCUAGGGAAUACAUCUACUGCCUUUACUGGUCUACACUGACCCUCACCACCAUUGGGGAGACACCACCCCCUGUAAAGGAUGAGGAGUACUUAUUUGUCAUCUUUGACUUCCUGAUCGGUGUCCUCAUCUUUGCCACCAUCGUUGGAAAUGUGGGCUCCAUGAUCUCCAACAUGAAUGCCACCCGGGCUGAAUUCCAGGCCAAGAUCGAUGCUGUCAAACAUUACAUGCAGUUCCGCAAGGUCAGCAAGGAGAUGGAAGCCAAGGUCAUUAGGUGGUUUGACUACCUGUGGACCAAUAAAAAGAGUGUGGAUGAGCGGGAAGUUCUCAAGAACCUGCCAGCCAAGCUGAGAGCUGAGAUAGCCAUUAAUGUCCACUUGUCCACACUCAAGAAAGUGCGCAUCUUCCAGGAUUGUGAGGCUGGCCUGCUGGUGGAGCUAGUGUUGAAGCUCCGUCCUCAGGUCUUCAGCCCUGGGGAUUACAUUUGCCGCAAGGGAGAUAUUGGCAAGGAGAUGUACAUAAUCAAGGAGGGCAAGUUGGCAGUGGUGGCUGAUGAUGGUGUCACUCAGUAUGCCCUGCUGUCAGCUGGGAGUUGCUUUGGAGAGAUCAGUAUCCUUAACAUUAAGGGCAGCAAAAUGGGCAAUCGACGCACAGCCAAUAUCCGCAGUCUUGGUUACUCAGAUCUCUUUUGCUUGUCUAAGGAUGAUCUUAUGGAAGCUGUGACUGAGUACCCUGAUGCCAAGAAGGUCUUGGAGGAGAGGGGCCGGGAGAUCUUGAUGAAGGAGGGACUGCUGGAUGAGAAUGAGGUGGCAGCCAGCAUGGAGGUGGACGUGCAGGAGAAGCUAGAACAGCUGGAGACCAACAUGGAGACCUUGUACACUCGCUUUGGCCGCCUGCUGGCUGAGUACACAGGGGCCCAGCAGAAGCUCAAGCAGCGCAUCACGGUUCUGGAAAUCAAGGUGAAGCAGAACAACGAGGACGAUUAUCUGUCAGAUGGAAUAAACAGCCCUGAGCCAGCUGCUGCCGAGAAGCCAUAAAGGCUUGGGCCCAACUGCCUCUCCAGGCUUGGCCUUGACCCUAGGAGUUAGAAGAGCUGUGUAGGUCUCCACAUUUAUACACAUUACACUUAUGUCCCCUUGAAGUCCCCCCAAAGCCUCUCUGUCCCCAGACUUUUGGCUCAAGCAUCCAGAAGCCCUCCUCCAAGUCCAGCUAAUAGCCAAGCUUGUGCACAGUGCAGACUGUGUUGGCUCAGCUUCCAGGAGUUUCAGCUUGUCCAAGUCUGAGGAAGGAAGAGUGGAACAGCUGACCUGUCUUCAGGAGUCUGUCGUGGGCCUGGGAGCCUAGCCAAUGACAUACUCUGAAGAAGCCCUUCUGCAGGACAAUGUACACUCUGCUGCAACAUUCCCCUCUCUCUGGGCUUCUUUGCACUUACUUCGUCCUGGCCCUUGCUUAUCUAGCAUGUGUUCCGAAUGUCCCACUUCCCUGCUCGUGUAUGUGGUUCAAGCAUUGGCUGUAGACAUUUAGCACAGGUUCCCAGUGUCUGUCUCCCAAGGCAGGCAAAGGAUGUGGAGGGGGAAGGUAGAAGAGUGUCACUUAGGGCUACCUCCCUCUGUCAGGCACUCCGAGGCCUGCUCUGUUGCUUCAUCUGUCUUUCUGCAGUCUUCUCUGGACCAGGGAGAUGAUGAUGCUUCUGGCUUCUGGUCUAUUCCAGGGCGCAGAAGAGCAAGGUAAGUGGUAGUUGGUCAGCAGACGUUGCCACCUGGAGAAGGUGAUGGCUGGGAGCUCUGACCAUCACCCCUCUAAGCAGAGCAUUUCUGAAGAGGCUUUGAGGUUGGUGGUGGGUGGGAGACUCUUCAAGUUGAUAUUUGCAGUAGAGACACUUACAAGUUAAUAAAUUUCUUUGAACUCCUUCUGGUUAUUGCUCAACUCUCCUGUUCACAUUCAUUCCCUUCCUCCCUCAACCCCUCUUUUCCACAUACUUCCCUUUUCCCCUUAUCCAGGACUCACUCUACCUGCAAUACCCUCUGCUGUGUUUCGCUACCUGAGUAAGCCAUAUUGAUCCUUCAGGACUCAGCUCAGGUGCCACCUUCUCCGAGAAGGCCUCCUUGACUGCACCCACUCCCAUA